GAUCAAUGCAUUUGAUUCGGAUCGGAAUUGAUAGGGAUUCCCAAUUCCAACCGAUUCACGUCAAGAAUCCCUAGGAUCAGUGAGUUUUCAGAUCAAAUGGCCGAUUCUAGGCUUCUUAAACCGAUUCCGUGGGGCCGAGAGAGAGGGAAAUAAAAUAGAAUUUCAAAUUUGAAAGAGCCCUAACAAACAAAAAACAAUGGCGGACGAGUCUCGAGUCUCUCGACCGCUUGAAACUGGAACCUCCAAAGAUAGAGGAGAAGGCAACGAACUCGAAGAAGUAGAGACGCUGGAGAUCCAAGUGAAGCAGACGGCUCAAACAAUCCGCCAUUACCGGACCACGCUUCCGGAUCAGUUCAAGAAAACCUUUGCUUAUGUCCUUGCUGCUCAGAGACCUCUUCUUCCAAAUAUAGGUUCCACGGCUCUGCCUGGAAUCGCCGGAGAUGGUGUCACAGUGACAUCAGUAACUUCACUGUUCCAUGGUUCCUCUGGAAGUUCAAACUUCCUAGCUAGGUCGCUGUGAGCCUGUGAAAGCAUUGCUGCAUCUUGGAACUCUUAGUGGUGAGCUGCUGGUUUUUAUUUUUCCGGUUCAUUGGUUAGCUUGAAUUGAACACAUGUUGUUUGUACAAUUUACAGUAAUGCAUUCAGAAAACAUAGAGUGCCUCCUUCCCAGCUAGGCCACUAUGACUGUACUUUGGUACUUGAGGUUUCUUCUUGGACAGUAUUACUUUAUAGAUUCCAUUUCAAUACAUCCUUCUCUGUUUUGAAAUUUCAUUCCUUCUCAUUACCCCCUCCCCCUCCAAAAAAAUAUUCCUUUUUAUUCCAUCUAAUGUAUCUUUGAGUUGUUGACCAUCUCGAAA